AUGAAGGACGAAAUUCAAAAGAAUCAAAAGGCGCAGUGGAAGUGCAUGUAUACGGAGCACCACCGCUACAUGGCCGAGGCGAGACUGCUGGAGAAGCCGUGGGUCAAGGAGAAUGGAGCCAUCUUCAGCUUCUUGGUCUCCAGUGGCAAGAUCUUCUUGUGGCAGUGCGAAGACGUGGAGCAUCACAAGUGGAAGGCUCAGAGCGCGAACCAGACACACCCCGAGGUUGUGAAGAAAUGGGAUCACGCCGCAAACGGUAGCUCGCACAUCUUCAUGGCGAGGAGCAACAAGAAGUCCACUGGAUGUCCGGUUUGCUGUAACCAGAAGGUGUGCGAGGUGGAUGCCUGCAACUCACUCGACGUGCUGGAGCUGCACUUGGUCACCGCAUGCCCGAAGGACAAAUUGCACGUGUGGGCGGUCUCGCCGCACGAGCUCACCAGCAAGAAGACGCAUGGAGAUUAUGGAGUUUUGGAGCUUGAUGAAUACUGCAAGAAGCUGGUGCUAGUGUUCGAAUACGAUGGCGUUCAACACGAGGGAGAGAUCAAGUUUUUUACCGCAACAAGGGCGACUUCGAGCGACAGCAACAGCUACUCGUUUCUGGACCCUGCGGCGAUGAAGGCGCACAUCAAGGCAAGCUCGAGGAAUGGCGCCAUGCAACUGGACAGCUGA